AUGUCCGUCGCCAUCACCACGUCGACGUCAGACCUCCUCCAUGAAGAGCCGAGCAGCGCCGCCCCCAACGCCUGCGUAGGGCUAGACCUCAACCAGGCCGCCGUCAGCUGUGUCCUCAAGCAGGAGCCCAUCUCCGUCACUCUCAAUGGCCCGGCCAUCUUCACCCUCUCCAUGGCCCUGGCCCUCAUCAUCCACUUCCUCGAGCCCCGGGGUUAUAUCCGCAUCGCCUGGCUCCGCCUCUGGGCCAUUCGGGACCCCUUCACGGCGCCUGACCCGGACCCCAGCCGCCUGCCGAAGCGGGGCAUCCUUCGCCAAGCUGACGACCCGCACCACCGGCCUCUCCCCUACCGCCCCGGCCCGCGGCCCCAGGUCGCUGGCAUCGCGCCGCAGAGGCAGCUAGACCAGCACGGGACAGCGCCCCACUACCACGCCCUACGGCGGACACUAGAGAAGCUCGCGGCGGGGAACCCGGCGCGGUUCGGCACCGCGAGGUCGUGUCUCGAGAAGCACGGCCUGGGCCUCUUCGCGCGGCACCCGGUCAACGUAACGUGCAACGGCGAGGUGUGUCAUGUCCACGACUCGGACCACUCGCUUCACAUGAACCUGCACCCGGAGGACAUUCGAGAGGUCCUGGCCAAGGGGUGGGGGCAGAGGCACCCCCUGGCGUGGAAGGGGAGGCUGGUGAGGAUGCCUGUGCCGGAAGAGUUUGUCAUGGUGUACGCUCCGCGAGAUGACCACGAGCUGAGGAUUGUAUGCAGGAUCAUUGAAGCGGCCAUCUGGUACGUCGUUUCCGAAAAGACGGAGAUCCAUGUCGAGAGGGCUGCCUGA